UGCUCCUCUACUACUAAUUCUCUACCUUAUCACAAGAAACGAAUGAUUCACAUUCUCUAAACACUCAACGCAACAAAACACCACACCCCCUUAUUUACUAUAUACACCCACACACACUCCUCUUUCUUAUAUGGCUUCAGAUGAAACUAUGAUGACAACUCAAUCUUCAUUACAAGAUGAAGACUAUGAUGAAGAUGAUAUGAAUGACCUUUUUCAUCACCAUCAUCAUCAUCAAAAUCAAAAUCAAAAUCAUAAUCAAAAUCAUCAUAAUUUAUCCAGGCUUUCAGUUUGUACAAGCAGUUUCGAAGCAGAUGUAGAAAAUCUAGCUUCCGUUUGUAUGUCACACUUGUCCAUAGAAAGCUUCGAAGCUGAUGGAGACGAUGAAGCUGAAGAAAAAGAUGAUCGGUUACUAGAAACAGGUUUGUCCUCUGGCUCUGAAAAUGAGUCAGGUAGUUGCUAUUCGUUACCGGCGACACCGCCGCGAAGGAGGACUAAUUUGGUUCCGCCCGGGGUGAAAGACUAUGCAAGUGAGAAUGAAGUUAGAAAAGAAACAAGAACAAAUAGCGGCGGUGGUGAUUCUGGGAAGAGGAGUAGGAGUAGGAGGAGGAGGAAGAGUGUGUUUGAGAGGGGAAGUAGUUGGGAGAAUUUGUGGGAUGAGAAGAAGAAAAUGAAGGAGAGUGGAGGGAAUAGUGGUGAGAGUGAUCAGAGUAAUGGAAAUGGUGUGAUGGUGAUUGCUAGACCUAAAGGUGGGAGUAGGAGUUUGUGUAUGGAUUUGGAUGAAGUUAAAGCUUGUAGAGAUCUUGGAUUUGAGUUGGAACAUGAAAGAAUUUCUGCUGUUUCUUUCUCUAAUUCAACAAUUGAUAAUACUAGUAGUGGUGGUAAUUCACCGAUCGCUAAUUGGCGAAUCUCCGGUCCCGGUGAUGAUCCAAGAGAUGUGAAGGCACGGCUGAAAGUGUGGGCGCAGGCUGUAGCUAUAGCGUCUGCCAGCAAAUACGGCUCAUGACGCUUAAUUUUCUUCUUAGCUUAUACUAUUUUUUUUUUUUUUUGGAUUGAGAUAGUGUACAUUAUUAUAUUAUGUAUAAGUUUUUCUUUACACUAAGAUCGGUUAUAGAAUGAAUUUCAUUGUAUUUGUAGAGUUUUUGUCAUAAGUUUUUCCCCAAGAGUGGUUGGUUGAUUUUUGGAUUCAAGUGAAGGUGACUUUUCCUCUGUACAGUAUACUUUUUUUAACUGAUUACAUAAUGGGUGUUUUAAGAUGAUUGAGAAGGUGUGAUAUAUAUGAACAAUAGAAAGGCAAUGUGAAUGGUUGAUGAGAUUGUAUAGUAGAAAUGUGAAGAAACAUAAAACAUAUGAAGCGAAUCUUUAUGGGUUGUUGGGAGACCUAUAGUCAGUUAUUAAA